UUUCGCUCGUCACGAAAGGAGUUCGUGUUAUAGAAAAUUUCUGUAAUCUAAUUCAAUUAUUGUGUUUAAACCCGAAAUGUUUCAUUCUAAUUAUCAACAUUCUUUUGUUCCUACCCCGGACGGUAAUAAAAAUCCUUUUAACGCACCGUUGGCAUAAAACAUGUCCUUUAUUUACAAGUCCUCAGUGUAGCAAUAAACUUCAUAUUUACGUAUUUGUGUUAAAGUUGUUAUAAUCAUAAUGGAUAAGGGGGUGACGUGUGAACAUCUGAAUAAGCUCGCGGAGUAUCUCGGGAAGGAUUUGUGGCAGUCGAAAGAGAAUUUAACAUGCUUCGACUGCGGGUGUCCCGGACCGAACCUGUGGAUCUGUCUGCAGCCAGACUGCCAUCAUGUGGGGUGCUCCGAGGUCCGCAACGACCAUAGCACUUUGCACCAAAAGAGCCAACCAUCCCACUGCGUGCAUAUGAACGUAUCCACGGAACGGGUAUGGUGUUAUAUCUGCGAGAAAGAGGUCCACGUUCGAGCAGCGAUCGCCUACAAUAGGAUAAGUCCAGAUUCAACAAUGGAAGGCGAACCAGCCAGCGCUCGCGUCGGCACUUCCGGUCUCGUCACUACUGACGAUGAUGAUGAUGAUUUUCCUAGAGGUCUAGUGGGUCUCCAGAACAUGGGCAACACCUGUUACAUGAACGCAGCGCUGCAAGCUCUAAGCAACACGGCGCCCUUCACAUCGUACUUUCUAGAAUGUGCUGCCGCGGUCACAGUGCUCGCUGGCGACAAAAAACCUGGACUAGCGAGAGCAUACCAAAAACUAGUAAAAGAAAUGUGGAUCAUGAAAACCAGGGGAUAUAUCGUGCCGAACGGAAUCAUAUAUGGCAUUAGAAAUGUGCACCCGAUGUUCCGAGGAUACCAGCAGCAUGACACGCAGGAGUUCCUACGCUGUUUCAUGGAUCAGCUGCAUGAGGAGUUGAAGGAACCGGUAUGGGACAGUAUGCCAGAAGAUAAACUGGGCACAGAUGCGGAUGGCGACCACCAAGAGAGCAGGAAUGUACAUGUAAGACGUCGGGCUGCUUCGUCUGGAGCGAGCGACGCGCCCCUGUUCGCGCGCAUGCGCCGGAAUUCGCCCGCGCCCUCCACAUACAGCGACAGGACUGACCCGCACCUCAGGGUAGGGCAGUCAGAAACUGUGAACAGGCAUCGACGGUCAGCGAGCUUCGCGGGAACGCAGCAAACCGCUUACUCUGUACAAACACAUCACCAGAACCCUCUAGCGUCGUCAUCACGAGACGUGGGUUCAGAAUCGUCAUUGUCGUGUUCGAGCGAAGCUGAAGACCGUUACGAGACCUGCUCGAGUGGGGCUAGCGACGCCCCUGACCCACCCGUACACCACCCACCGAAACAAAGCGGUGGAGGCGACGGUGGCGCAGCGCGGUAUCGGAGCAUCAUUUCUGACGUGUUCGACGGAAAACUGCUGUCUUCCGUGCAAUGCCUCAUCUGUGACCGGGUGUCAACGCGCGUAGAAACAUUCCAAGACCUGUCCCUCCCGAUACCGUCACGAGAGCACCUCGCGGUGUUGCGCUCGCAGCCCGCGCUCGACCACCUACCAGCAGACCACGAAUCUUGGAUGUGGUGGAUAUUGAGCUGGCUUCGGUCCUGGUUCUACGGGCCAGUGGUUUCUCUGCAAGACUGCCUUGCUGCCUUCUUCAGCGCGGACGAGUUGAAAGGAGACAACAUGUACAGCUGUUCCCGUUGCAACAAGCUGCGCAACGGCGUGAAGCUGUCGGGUGUGGUCCGGCUGCCGGAAGUGCUCUGCGUGCACCUGAAGCGGUUCCGGCACGAGCUCAUGUUCAGCGCCAAGGUGGCCGCGCGCGUCUCCUUCCCGCUGCACGACCUCAACAUGCAGCCUUACACGCAUAAAGACUGCACGUCAAAGAUAACCCGCUACUCGCUCUGCGCUGUGAUCUGCCACACGGGCACCGCGGGCGGUGGCCACUACACCUGCGUGGCGCGAAAUCCGCGAGGCUGGUUCACCUUCGACGACCAGUCUGUCUCCCCGCUAGCCGCUCCCAUGUUGGACCAUACGGAGGCCUAUGUGCUGUUCUAUAGAAAAGUGAAUCCUCAAAUGACAGUGCUCCGGCAAAAAGCGGCCGAGAUAUUGGAGUCGGCGACAGUGGAGCCUAACGACAUCAAGUUCUACAUCUCCAAACAAUGGAUCAACAAGUUCAACACGUGGGCGGAGCCGGGGCCGAUCGACAACGGCGACUUCGUGUGCGCGCACGGCGGCCUGCGCCCCGACCGCGCCGCGCACCUCGCGCGCCUCGCCGCGCAGAUCCCGCAGGCGCUGUGGGAGUUCUUACAUGACAAGUUCGGCGGCGGGCCAGCGUGUUCUCACGUCCACGAGUGCGCCGUGUGCGCGCGGGCGGCGCAAAGAUUGCGCACGCGACGAGCGAGGGAACUGAAGGCUUUUUACGACUUGCACGCCAUCUUCCAGGAGCAGGACCGCCCUCGCGCGAUCUACGCGAUCAGCAUGCACUGGUUCCGACAGUGGCAGGCCUUCGUGAAGACCAGGAGUCAGCAGCCGCCGCCGCCUGUCGACAACUCGGGGAUUGUCACCACUCAGGAGAUCGACGGGGUGACAACCCACGUUCUAAAGCACGGAUCCGACCACGCGCAACUCAGCGAGGAGCUCUGGCGCUUCUUCACAGACAUCUACGGCGGCGGGCCCGAGGUCCCGCUCCGCUCCCCAGCCCCAGAACCCACACCCAACCACGCCCCGCGUCGCGCCAGCCGCAACUACUCCGAAUCCGACAAGGAAGACUACUGCACGAAAUCCACCUCCGAAUCUAACAUUAGGGACUAUGUCACUAGUGAACUACAGAAAAACCAAUCUCUACAGAACCUAAGACAAUCUAAAGUACCCAAAAUCGAGUCCGACGAAGACUUCAGAAGGUACAAAAGACUCGAACAGAACGGAAACUACGAUUCCGACGAGGAAAUGGAAGAUUACUCGGUCAAAGAAAAUGGCGUCGACAGUUCCGACCAUGACACCAACGAUAACCCGGUGUGCUUCGAGAAGUCCACGGAAGUCGAGCUACCGAAUCUAGACAGCAUAUCGCUCAAGAGCAAACCCUCGGAACACCGGAAAGUGAGGAGAAUGCGAAAGAGGACAGUCAAAUGAUUCUUUCUCGCUUUUCAGUUCGUUCAUAGGCUGAGACGGCGCGUCGCUAAAGAUUUCUCCUGAUGGCCUCUUGUCUACGCCUUUGUCAGUGUCGUUGAACAUUCCCGGUGUUCGGUGUUAAACUAUGUGCAUUUAAAACUUGGGUGUCACUUUGGUUACGUGAUAUUUUUCUAAAAACUAUUACUCGUUGCGUGAUCCGUCUGUUGUAUACAGGGUGUACAAAUAUAACACUUUUUAAGUAGUUUAAGUUCUCGCGCUUUGUACACAUAUUUAAAGUCCCACAGAGGCCGAACGCUAUUAAUUAACGUUAUUUUACCUUUUUCCCAACGUUUCAAAUAAUGUUAAUUAAUCGAGCAACCAGUGUGUGACUUUAAAUAGGUGUACAAAUUUAAAUAUUGAUAAGAUAGAUGGUGAAUAUUAUAUUUAUUUUAUUAUCUGUCUGAAAAUCGUAAAUAAUGAGUAUUUUUAUUAAUUUAUUUUUUAUUGUGAUGGAAUAAAGUAUAAGAAGUUCCAGACUGAAUCAGUAGAAGCUGAUUAUCCUGGUAAUUUCGAUUAUAUACAUAAAAAACGUAAACAUACAUGAAUUGUAUGAUGUUGAUUGAAAUUCAUAACGAAUAUGAAUAUUCUUUUUUUGUCGAUUUUAUAAACAUAUUAUAUUGUUUUAAUAACACUCUGUAUUAUGCAAUAGUUACAUUAUUCUACAGGAAAACAUAUUGAUCAAAAAUUAUUCUUGUCUCUUCUGUUUUGAACAGGUUUUUUAUAAUCCUCAGUUUAAAUAUAAAUAAAUAUUAUAGGACAUUCUUACACAGAUUGACUGAGGCCCACGGUAAGCUCAAGAAGGCUUGUGUUGAACCUCAAUAUUGGGCCUUAUGCAUUAAAAUAUACAUUCCGAUUUUACUACUUUGAACUGUAAGAAACUGCAUUUUUGGUUUGAUAAAAUUGUACCAAUUAUCUGAAAUCGCAUGCGAUUUGUAGCAAACACUUUUAACCACUAUGAGACUUUUUCAAACUACAAUGUUGGUUGUCCAUAAGAUAAAUAUUCUUAUUGAAGCUAAUAUGGAAAUUGCACCAUAUUCACGACAAUAAGUACCAUUUUGAAAUAUACACAUUCACUGCCGGUCAAAAAAAUAGCUCACUGCUACAGAAACCCGUCAUUGUCUAUAAAUCGUUAUCUUGUAUAGCGACAACCCGCCUAGCGGGUUGUCCCACAUCUGAGCAGAGUUCACGAGCGCCCGCAGGGCGGGUCCCUGGCAGUGAAUGUGUUCGGUACAAAAGACGGAUCACACGCGGCAAGCGGCCUCAGCGCCCCCUGGGGUUGGUAGUGUUUUAGUACAAUUUUAAUUUAGUUCAAAUUCAAGUCUAGCGAAUGUAGAUACUUGAAUGAAACUGUAUAUUACACCUGUAUAUCUGUACAUGUUACCCUGUAUAUUCAUGUUCAUAGUAAAAAUAAAAUUACUGACUGCAUUUCUUUCUUUUACCAUGGAUUAGGUAUUUAUUUUGUUUUCUGGUUCUAAGUCUGUGUUAUUUGUUAAAGAAUUGAUCAGCAAUAAAAUAUAUUACAAAAUUUAUUGGCUGCAA